CGUCACCAUUAACAGCUGAUUCCUCAGCGUCACGUGGUCACGUCGCGCUGUGCGACUGUGAGAUUAACGAUCGUGAAAAAUGUCAUCGGAUGAAGAAAACGAUGAAUUGGAAGAUUUGGAGGCGAUACGGGAUAAAAUGAUGAGUACUCCACGUAGCGAGCGGAUGCAAGUGAGUGCCUGGGAGGACGACGACGAUGGCGUCGAGGCCGAGCGUAAUGCAAGAGAACCUGACGCGAAAGCGAUGCUAAAUGCUGCGGAGGAGGGGGAUCUGGAGAAAAUCAAGAAAUUGUUAAGCACAAAUAUUCUUCUACUGCAAUGCACUGAUAAGGACGGCUACACGCCACUGCACAGAGCAUGUUACGGCAACAACAUAGAAGUCGUUGAGUAUCUACUGGAAAUGGGAGCCAAGAUAGACGCCAAGACUCAAGACGAGUGGCAGCCGUUGCACUCGGCAUGCUGUUGGAACAACACAGAGUGCGCCGAGACACUGAUCGCAAGCGGAGCGGAUAUUAACGCUAAGAGCAAAGGAGAUCAAACGCCGCUGCACCUGCUCUCGUCCAGCUCGCACAAUUCUCCCGCUUUUCAGCUUCUUCUGCUGCAUCCGGACACGAACCCUCACAUUGUGAACUCGAGCGGCGACACGGCGGCUCAGAUCGCGAGGCGGACGACAAAGUAUUAUCCGAUGUACGAGAUAAUCGAGCCCUGCCUAAAUGAGAUUUAAGAUUGGUUGGCAGUCGGAAUCGUGUCGUCCGUUGUGGGAAUCUCGUAAGUGGCUGCUACAUCCCCGAGGGUCUCACUGAUGCACAGGAGAUGUACAGCAAAACCUUGAUCGCAAACUACUGAUCUCACGUAUGUUAAGCUGCAAAAGAGUUAUAGAAAUGUAUAUUAAAUUUUCGAUACACGAUACGAUAAUACAUAACACGAUUUAUUUUGCUAAUA